CAUGCACAGGAAGUGAUGUUCAAAAAGUCAGACUUCCUUAUUUUGCCUCUCGGAUGCUCACUGGUGCAACAGAGCAUUUCGGUGAUUGUUGUGAAUACUAUCUUCAGGAUGACACUGCUUCCAAACUCUUCCCACACUUGGCUUCCGGUUGAGCAUCGUACAUUUGGCCUGGUCUUCUACAGCUGUGUUUUCAUCAUCGGAGUCAUCGUCAACAUGACAGCUUUGUGGGUGUUUGCCCUGACCACCAAGAGGAGGAGCUCCGUCACCAUCUACAUGAUCAACGUGGCACUAGUGGAUCUCACCUUCAUCCUGAUGCUCCCCUUCCGCAUGGUCUACCUCCAAAGGGACUUCUGGCCCUUCGGCGACCUUUUGUGCCGUGUCAGUGCCACUCUCAAUGUCUUCUACCCCUGCAUUGCCCUGUGGCUCUUUGGUCUGAUCAGCGCUGAUCGCUACCUGGCCAUUGUGCAGCCCAAGCAAAGCAAGGAGCUACGAAAUGUCCCCAAGACGGUGGUGGCAUGCCUUGGGGCCUGGCUCAUGACCCUGGCCGCCACCGCAUCCUUGCUCUUCUCAGCGGACGAUCCUGAUGGCGUCGCCAACUUCACCACCUGCCUCAAAACGGUGGACUUUAUCUAUCUGCGCCACAACGGUCCUGUCAAUUUCACAUGGAUCGCGUUCUUCUUCCUGCUUCCCAUCUGCAUCAUGAUUGGCUGCUACGUGGUCAUCGUGGACAACCUGAUCCGCGGGCGCGCCUCCAAGCUCAAACCCAAAGUGAAACAGAAGUCCAUCCGCAUCAUCAUAACGCUCAUCGUGCAGGUUCUGGUGUGUUUUGUACCCUUUCAUGUAUGCUUGCUGCUCCAUUUACUAGGAUUGGACAAAAAUGAGGCCUUCAGGAAGUGGGCUGUGUUCUCUACCUUCCUCAUGAACUUGAGUAACGUUUUGGACAUCAUUCUCUACUACAGUGUCUCCAAAGAGUUCCAGGAGAGGGUUUUUAGUGUGAUCCUGUACCGUAACUACCAGCGAAGUGUCCGGAGAAAGAGCAGACAUACGAGCAGCAUGCGAUCCAUUAGCAAUGUGACAAGCGGCAUGAUUUGAAACAAUGAAAUGAAAAGAUGACGCAAUAUAUCAGACAGGGCAGCAAGUGGUCAGCAUGUCAGCUUCACAGUUCUGAGGUUCGGAUUCGAAUCUCAAAUCCAAGCUUCCUGUGUGGUGCUUGAAUUUUCUCAUCUGUGUGAGUUUUUUCUGGGUACUCCUGCAACCUCCCACACUCCAAAAAUAUGCAUGACGGGUUCAUUGAAGACUCUAAAUCGUCCAUAGAUGUGAUUGGUGAUUAUGAGUGUAAAUUGUGCGUUGUUUUUUUUUUUUUUUUUUGUCCAUAUUGGCUGCCAAGUUACCCCACCUCUGGCCCUUAAUACUCCAUAGCUCCAGCUCACCCAUGACCCUAAUGAGAACAGGUGGUAUAGAAAAUGUAUGAUUGCAUCCGUCAGACACAUAAAAACAAGCGGUAGAAGAGUCCGGCAUGUAAUUUACACUCAUGGUGUGCAUGCGUGCUCCUAUUGUGGUGAAAACAUCUGUGUGCUGAACUGAUGGAGCCACCCAAGAGAUUUCAGAACAUCUUUACACACAAACAAGUUUUUUUUUUGUUUUUUUGUUUUUGUUUUGCAAUUUCACUGUGCGCAUGAAGGUGAAAAUAAGGCUCACAAUCAUUAAGAUAUAGCCUCCAGUAACAUCUUGGCAAGCUCCAUCAUUCACACGUAAACAUGUAAAAGCUACAGUAAGUUGAUUCUAUUAAAUUUCUUUUUUUGGUCAUGUA